AUGAAUCGUCGACAUAGCCAGACGAUUCCUCGUCGAAGCCGUAGUUCCCGUGAGCCACGGUCUAAUCGACACAGUCUCAAUGGUAUUGCACCAUCAGAGGACAAUAGCACCAGGUUGGCUCGUGGUCGGACUGAGAGUUUUCAUGUUGACGAGAAUUCGCAUCGUGACCGAUCGCAUCUUGAGCCUAAUCGUAGAGAAGGCAGUCGGCAUCGCUAUGAGGGUAAACAUCAGUCUCCACUGCACACAGGCCACCAUGAGCAACGGCAGUACAUGUAUGAGGGAGCCGCACCGGAUUACGGUCGACGUUCCGGAGGUCGCACAUACAGGUAUGGGUCUCGCGAUGGCGUCCCCGUGCAACGUACCGAGCAAGGCACUUAUAGCCACCAUCGACCGGACAAUGCCGGCGGCCAUCACUACAACGAGGAACCUCGUUCACGACGGGCCUCAGUGAGAGAAGCAUACCCGGAGUAUCGUCGGGGAAGAGUGUCCAUGGAUGAUAUCCAACUGCCGCCUGUCGCUGCUGCUCCCGGAUAUACGGAUAGGUAUCGUGAUGUUGCGACAGAAUCGCAUGGCUAUCGUCGCGAGCCGGAGGAGCAACAAUCGGAGUCUAAACAUAGCAAGAAUUCGCCCAGACUAUCGAAGGCAACAAGCAUGGCCCAUAAAGAGAAACAGAGGAGCUCGGCAAGACGGGUAUCUAGUGUUGCAUGCCAAGCCGACAUUCCGAAGCCCGAGAGGGCGGGCUCAGCAAACUUAUGCCAGGAUGAAGCGAAGCAACAGGCCACCGAGGCCGUUCUAGACCGGAACGGUGGCGAGAAAAAAGAUCAACGCCUUUCUGUUUAUGUGAAUACUAACGUGACUCAAAUAGCCGAGAGCGCCGGCGGCGUCGCGAUGUUAGGCGGGAGCAUAGCUCGCGGCACGAUGAAAGGUGUACAGAACCGCGAUCCCAGCGGCAAUAUAGAUCCGCCCGACCCCGUCAUGAGCGUGAAGAAGCAUGCCAAAUUAUGUGAAGGGCCAGGGGCAAACGGCCAGAUGCACGAGAGGACACUUUGA